AUGAAGCUUUUGAAGGUGGGAUUCAUUGAAGUCUCGCAAUACCUUGAAUGGGUGCCUAAUAUCGUGCCGAUAAGGAUGAAGGAGGAAGACAAGCAGAAGACUACAUUUAUCACCCCGUGGGGAACUUUUCAUUAUAAGGAGAUUGAGGUCUAUGUUGAUGAUAUGAUUGCAAAGACCCGACCAGGAAGAAGCCAUGUCGAAAUCUUGAAGAAGUUGUUCAAUCGACUCCGUGAGUUCAAGCUUCGUCUAAAUCCCACUAAAUGCGUGUUCGAAUCAACAUCCGGUAAAUUACUCGGAUUUAUUGUGAGCGGUAAAGGGAUUGAGAUCGACCCAUCCAAGGCUAAGGCCAUAUGUGAGUUGCAACCUCCGUCAACGGUGAAAGAAGUCCGGAGCCUUUUGGGUAAACUGAAUUACAUAACUCGAUUCAUUUCCCAACUCUCUGAAACUGCCAAGCCGUUCUUCAAGCUCCUAAAGAAGAAUGCACAAGUCAACUGGGAUAAUGAGUGUCAAGAAGCAUUCGACAAACUGAAGCAAUACUUGAUGAAUCCACCAGUUCUUGUCCCACCCUCGCCGGGGAAUCCUUUGAUUCUCUACCUCAUUAUUCAUAGUCGAGUGAUUGCUGAUCUAUUGACCGAGAAUUCAGAAGUCUCAAAUAAUGAUGACAGUUUCAUAGAUAACCGUGUCUUGAAUGUAAGUGAAGCUUCAUGGAUAAUGUUCUUCGAUGGAGCUGUAAACCUAUAUGGUUAUGGUACUAAGGCAAUUCUGAUAUCCCCAGAUGGACAACACUAUCCGAUAGCUACAAAAUUGAUAUUCCCAUGCACUAACAAUGUGCCCAAGUAUGAAGCUUGUAUUCUCGGGCUUCAGGCCACAAUUAAGAUGGGCGUGGCUAAGUUAAAAGUGUUCGGAGAUUCCACACUAAUCAUACUGUCGACCGUAGGUGAAUGGAAGACCAAUGAUGCCAAGUUUCUCCCGUACCACGAGUAUUUAGAAGAUCUGGUAAAAGAGUUCGAGGAAAUUUUGUUUGAAUACUUGCCAAGGUCUCAUAAUCAAUUUGUAGAUGCACUCGUGACAUUAUCUUCUAUGCUGCAAGUCACUGAUGGGUUAAAGGUCGAGCCUCUGAAAAUAGAGGUUUUGUUGAAGCCGACUUAUUGUAUGAUUGUGACUGAAGAACCUGAUGGAAAAUCAUGGUAUUACGAUAUCAUGAAUUACAUUCAAAAACAGGAAUUUCCCGAAGGAAGCACUCAGGCUUAUAGGAAGUACAUCACGAAGAUGGCCUCGAAAUUCUUCGUAAGUGGCAAGAAUUUGUACAAGAGAUCUUACGAUUUGGUCUUGUUGUGGUGUGUAGAUGCAGCAGAAGCCACUCAAAUCAUGCAAAAAGUGCAUGAAGGAGUAUGUGGCCAUCAUAUGAAUGGACCCAUGUUAGCCAAGAAGAUUAUGAGAUUAGGCUACUACUGGCUCACACUGGAAAGUGACUGCAUCCAGCAUGUUCGAAGUUAUUUCUCCAAAUGGAUCGAAGCUACAUCCUUUGUAAGUGUCACUGCUUGCAAUGUUGCAAAGUUUGUCAAACGUGACAUAAUUGCUCGCUAUAGCGUCCCUGAAGCAAUCAUCACUGAUAAUGGGACAAAUUUGAACAACAAACUUGUUGAUGGGUUGUUCAGCGAGUUCAAGGUCAAGCAUCUGAAUUCGUCUCCUUACCGCCCUCAAAUGAACGGGGCUAUUGAAAUAGCCAAUAAGAACAUUAAGAAAAUCUUAGCUACGACAGCCGAUAAUUAUUAA